AAUUUGGGAGCCUUUGAAAAGCCGUGGGCCCUCCCACCGCCUUUGUGCCGGUGGAGAUGUAGCGGCCUCCUCCCGGAUCCCUCCUUUGCCUUCGGACGUUUUUUCUGGGGCCUGCAGUCGCCCGACCAGGGGCCCGGGGCCGCGGGUGCUGAGCCGACCACCAUGGGCUCCGUGUCCAACCAGCAGUUCGCAGGUGGCUGCGCAAAAGCAGCGGAGGAGGCGGCUACCGGGGACGCGGCCCGGGCUGGCGAGGAGCCGCAGCCGCUCCACGGAGCCGGCAUCUGUAAGUGGUUUAAUGUGCGCAUGGGCUUCGGUUUCCUGUCCAUGACCGCCCGCGCGGGCGUAGCGCUCGACCAGCCUGUGGACGUCUUUGUGCACCAGAGCAAGCUACAUAUGGAAGGUUUCCGCAGCCUGAAGGAAGGGGAAGCCGUGGAGUUCACCUUCAAGAAGUCAGCAAAGGGCCUUGAGUCAAUCCGGGUGACAGGGCCUGGCGGGGUGUUCUGCCUUGGCAGUGAGAGACGGCCUAAGGGGAAAACAUUGCAGAAACGCAGAUCCAAAGGAGACAGGUGCUACAACUGUGGGGGGCUGGAUCAUCAUGCUAAGGAGUGCAAGCUGCCACCCCAGCCCAAGAAGUGCCACUUCUGCCAGAGCAUCAGUCACAUGGUGGCCUCAUGUCCCCUGAAGGCUCAGCAGUCUCCCAGCUCCCAGGGAAAACCAGCUUAUUUCCGGGAAGAGGAAGAGAUCCACAGCCCAGCCUUACUCCCAGAGGCUCAAGAUUGAAGUGGGGUCUAGGGCCAUCCCAAUGGGAUGGGAAAGCUUUAAAGAGCAGGCGUCAGUCAACAGGGAGAGGGGGAACGUCAGGGAUGGGAUGGGAUGGGGCUGGGUAAGGGGGGGCUAGCUGGCACUACUGAGUGUCUUGGGUCCUCAGCACUGUCCCCUUCCCUUAGAGGAGAGGACUAUCCAGUGGCCCCUCCAUCCAUGGCCUGCCUCCCAUCCUAGAACCACCAGUCACAUAAGCCACAUGGCUUCUCCUGAGGAAGACCUCAGUGAAGGCAAGGGGGAGGGCGGGGGAAGGGGAGGAUUCCUUAAGCCAGAGUGGCAGGAGGCAUAGCCUUGGAUGGAUGGACCAAAGCCCAGGGGCCCCCAUCCUCACUUCUUUUUUGCUGCCUAGGGAUGAGAGUCUUUGGGUGGGGGUGGGGACAGUGGGAACAGUGGGGGAUGGGUAAGGGUCCUCUUUGUCUUGGGCCUUAUCCAGGUUCAGGGCUCUGCCCAGCCUCACCUCCUUCCCCUUUGCAAUGGGGUUGAGGGUGAGACUGCUACAGCCCUGGCCUCUCUUCUCUUUGCCCAGGGCACCCCCCUCUUACUCCCUCCAUGUUGACUUUAUUUAUUUUGCUCACUUGGACGUCUGCACCUUGGGCCCUACAACUCCCCCCUCUGCACUCUUUGUAGGGGGAACCCCAUUUCGCAGACAGAAUAUCAGCUGGCUCUGGCUAUGAUCAAUUACGUCUGUGGUUUUUUUCCUUUUUUUUUAAUAUAAAUAUUCUGGUUUUGUAUUUUUGUAUAUUUUAAUCUAAGAGGUCCUCAUUCCUGCACUGUGUUCUCAGGUAUGUGAGCAAUCUCAGGGAUAAUUCAGUGGCAGCUCUGGGACUACCCAGCAGGAAGAAGUUUAUUAACCUAUUCUUAACUACACAAAGACACAGCAGCUGAUUGUAUUGUACAAACCGGUUCUGUUCAUCUACCUCAAGUUUCUGCGUUCUUCUUAUGGGAGCUUUCCUCCUGUGCCCUUACUGACUCAAUCUUUCCUUCACUUUCUCUCUCUCUGUCUGUCUCUCCUUGAAAGCAUUAGAUGGGGGAGAAGGCAGUUGGCUUUAAUGGGGCAUCCUGUGGAUCUACCUGCUUGUGGAGAGGAGGUUCACCCCAGUGAGCAGAGCAAAGAGAGAUUUGAUGGACCUGUGCCAGCUGGCAGGUUUGAGGUGUUGGUGGGAUGGGUUCCUGCCCUGCCCUGCCCUGUCACCCCUUUGAAGUACAGCCAAACAUCUCCAGGCAUGGGACUUGAACCUUGGAACUUUUGUCCCACCCCACCCCAGAUCUGUCUUCCAAACAGAUGGGCCAUCUUUGCUCUGCACAGGGAUGGGUGUGAAUGUGAGGCCAGGCAGGAAAGGGAGAUGGAGAUGUAUCUUACAUCUGGAGAAGUUUUGAGUUUGAUGGAGUCACCCCUCUAUUCUUCCCAUCAUUCCCUGGAAAAAAGGCAGGUUUAACAGAAGAUCAUAAAUGCCUUAGGUCUUUAACCCUUAAAAUGCUGGACUUUUAUUUUCUCCCCUGCUGGGUCUCAAGCACAGGACCAUGUGGCUAGGAUGUCUGUAUACCAGACAUUUCAGAGAUCUGAAAGUCAGUAUAGUUUCCUGCUCUGCCAUCAGUGCUAUGAUGGUAAAGUAUCAGCCUGUUGGGCAGUGGAAAAAAAAAAGAUUUGGUGAACCAAGCUGGGAGAUCUGUCCAAACCUACCUCACUGACUAAUGUUCUGAAAUUGGGCAAAUGCAAUAGAAGGCAUUGGGUGACAAUGGAGUCUGAUCCGGGUUUCUCGGGUCCUCUGAAUGCUGCGUGUCCCUCCCCCUGUUCCCCCCCCCCUCUAGUUUUUGUAUCUGUCGGAACUGUAUAGGGCUUCACAAGUUGCUGGUUUGGUGGUUGCUAGGUGGGCUAGUCUGUGUAAAUAUGCUGUCAGUCUUUCUCCACUUUCCCUUGGGGUUUUUAUUGUUUACAAACUUUUUUUUUAUAUUGAAAAGAAAAAUAGCCAAAACAUCUCUUGACAAAGGGAUUCUGUGCCAGGCAAACAGAUCUUUAAACCGGGACUUGGUUGGUUCCUCUACUCCGAGGUUCUGGAUGGUUUUAGCCCUCGCUUCUGUUUUCUCCUUUACACUUUAAAUAGGCUCCAAAGCCCAGACUUUCAAAUCAUUCCCAUCAUUUGCUAUCCUCCAAAUGGCAUCUGUUUUCCCAGAUGCCUUCACAGAUUUCUGCCAAAAAUCCAGGGAACCAGGAACCCACUGCCAAACCCCCUUAUGGGUGAGUCUCUUCCUUGGUAAAGGAUGGUUGCCAUAUGUUUACUUGAUUGUUUGGGGUCCAAGCCCAGUUCAUGGAUGGCAGCCUCUGGAGGGAUCCUGGCAGAGGACUGGGAAGGGCAGGAGUGGUGGGAGACCCGGAGAAGGGAAAUGAAUGUAUACCCAAGUACCCACCAAAGAUCUCUUCUGUGUUGGUGCAAGAAAUUCUUUUCAAAGUGGCCACAAGAUUGUCUUAUAGGAGACGGACGAAUGUAACUCCAUGUUUACUGCUAGAAACCAAAGCUUUUUGUGAAAUUCUUGAAUUUAUAUGAAGGGAGGAAGGGAAGGAGGAGGGAAAGAGAACAACUGUAUUAAUCUGUGUCUUUUUCCUCCCCUCCUUUGCCCUCAUUCCUGAGCUGCUGGAGACUCAGCCCCCCCUUGGGCAGGGCCCUGAUCUUGGGGCAAUCAUGUUUGAUGCUUUGCAGUUGGGGCUUCUUCUUUUCCUUUUCCCUCCUUCCCCAUCUUGUUUUGUGACACAUGCUAACCCCUUUCUCCUCUUCUCCUCACCCCCUCUCCCCCACCCCCAUCCUGGGAAAAUACAAUGAAUGAAUAAAGACUUAUUGGUACUGAGA